ACUGAAACAGAAUAUCAGCAUAUUAAAUUAAUCAGCCUAUAAAUGACCAACCUCGUACCCAGGGUCCCCGCGUUUAAUAAAUGACAUAUAAUUAUAGCACAGAUCAUACAUAUGCAAAUUAUGUAUAUAUAAAUCGGAAGUUUCAUAAUACAAGCCGGUAUUUUUGUCAGCAGAAGUAUCAUAUUCCACGUACGGAAAUAGUUGUUUGGCCUUUUCCCAAAGCGAUGUGAAAUAUAAACAAACGCCGCAAAUGACAAGAUGAUUUUGCGGUGCAAAGAUUAGCACGCUGGGAAGAGGCUAAAAUUAUGUAAGAACAAAUACAAAUGUGCAAGGUUGCAUUUCGGCAGUUCAUUUUCUAAACUAGAUUAUAAAUGGGGAACAUUAUUCCUGUCGAUAGUCGUAAACGUCAAGAGAUAGAAGAUUUGGCAAAUUCUAUGCUAGAGAUCUUUGCCGCAGAAUACAGAACCAUAUAUGGCUGUGAAGUUCUUACAUCUUAUGAAAAAAGUGAUGAACAAAAGUUUCCAUUUUCUCUCAAAUUUUGUCCAUGGGAAAGAAUAAAUUACCCAAUAAAGAAGGGUUACCUUACAAAACAAGGGGUUAUACGAAAAAGUUGGAAGAAAAGAUACUUUGUGGUUCAACCAAACUAUUUGGUCGAUUACUACGAAAAUGAAGAGGCAUAUGACAAAGACUUGAAGCCAAAAGGAACGAUAAAUCCAUCUGGUUACCGAACGGUCAGUAAUCUUGGAGAUGAACUGGCAAGGAGGCAGAAAGACUUAGCAAACAUGUUAGGUGUUGAUCAACAGGACUCUCCAGAGAAGUUUCCAAACCAUACAUUCGGUGUUGUUCAUGAUGCAUCAAGGUCUUAUUACAUCCAUGCAGAAAGUGAAGAGGAAAAAAUGGAAUGGGUCCAAAUGUUUCAGCUUUGUUGUGCGUGUGUCAAAGGAUUUAACAUCAGUGACCCAAUCUGUCAGUCAACGUUUAACAGAGCCAUUUCUAAAACUUUGAUAACCUACGGUAGUCCAGAGCACCACAGCUAUAAAGGACCAGAAGAAAAGGUGAUCUGUAAUAUGGUUACAACUGAAAUUGAUAGAAGAUUUAUGGCUGGAAUAUGUGAUAAUGGAAAAGGAAGCUUUGCUGCAAAGAUUAAAAUAAGAGAACAAGUUUUAAAAGAUGUGGAUGCGUCAGUUCUGAACCUCGUAACGUCAUUGUGGAAGAAUCUCAAAGAAGAUACGGUCAAAAUUCAGUUAGAAGUUGAAACAUUAAUACGUGAAAAAGAUCGGGAGAUUGCUGCUGUUAGGCGGAAAGUGGAAUGGGAUAUGAAUGGAAAAACUGAAAUGUUUCUUAAGGACGCUUUAGCAGAUGUGAAAUCAUAUUCCCAGCGAGUGUUUCCAAUUUUGGAAAAUUCGAUGUUCGAUGCUUUGUGUGAAGUACGAAAUAUCUACCAGAGAAGCGUUGUCGAAAUCGGCGUCGACGUUGAACAACGCGAAGAGGUUGAAAUACCGAUCCAAAUGUAUAUUGAUUCGCUGGAUAUGUUGGCUAGAACACCUUCAGAGAUACAAACAGCUUAUAAAUUACUUGAUUCCAUGGAGAAAGAGCUAACAUCCGCUCAACAUGAUCUUAAGACGUUUGAUGUUGCCACAAUAAUGCUGCAGGCACAAGAGAGACUCAGGCAUGUCAUGGAUGCCUUGGUCAAUACAUUCCAAAAAAGAUUCCUAGAAGAAUCUUGUGGUGUAGAGGGAAAUCAAAAACACAAACAGCUGCGCUCUCUGAUUGAAGAAAUCGAUGAUGAAGUUGCAAAUAACUUUGAAAACGACUUGAGAGAAGUGAUUUACAGUUUCAACAUGAAAACUCUAAAGAUGCUGUUUAUUCCAUACAUACAUAACAAUAUAGAUGAAAAUUGCAAAAAGCUGGUGGAGUCAGCCGACGUCAGUGUUAUCCCCGACCAUUUGACAAUUGUUAUCAAUAGAAGAAAUGAAUACAAGCGUCUAGUUGAAAAAUCUGUUGAAGAACUUUUAAAGCAAGUAAUGAACACGAAAGACGAAGCCAAACAACGUUCCUUCAAAAAAAGUUUACGAAACAGCCGUCGUAAAACCUUUCCAACAUUCAGCAGUCGACAAACAAAAUUCCAAGAUGCAUCAAAUGAUCGCAUGCGGAAGACAACACUUCCUGCGACUAAAAUAAAUGGCGUAUUUAAAAGUCAUGAUAGGAAAGCUUCAUUGACUAAUCUUUUCGCAUGCCUGCCAAUUCAGCCGACACAGUUCCGAGAUUCCGGCGUGUAUGACGUCAUUGAAGCUCCGCAAAGUUCUGAAGAUAACAUGCAAGAGAUCACGUUAACGUUAACGCGAGGAAGUGUUCCUGCCUUUGGAUCGAAAACGUAACCGAUAGUUUUGGAAAGUUAUCAUAGGUUAGUUUUGAAAACGCGAUUUUCAUAAACUCCACCAGACUGUAAUUAUUACACGGAUUCACAGUAGACAUUCCUAAUGGUAAACAUUCGUAUAUUUAUAAGACUGAUAAGGCUUUUUUAAGAGACGCUUCCAAUUGAUCGUUCAUUUGUAGCAACAUUUUGGUGACCAGAGCUGUUUUUACAAUUCACUUGACAGCAAGGCUUAACGCAUAAACGGAGAACUGGGUACGAGAAUGGGAGAAUCCCUGCAAUAUAAUGAGGCACUAAAAGAUUGAGACCUUUAGCUUAACGUUUACGGCAAACGCCAAACUGGUAAUAAACUAUAAGGACUAGGUUCGCACGGGAAAAUAUUUCUUUCCGACCGACUCGAAUUCGUCCGGUUCACGCGGUGAAAGCGUUUAAGAUUUGACCGGAUCUAAAAUCCGUGUUUCUGGAACGUUUUUUUGAAUUUUGAGCCUAGGUACCGGACGAAUUGAGCACAGGCGUGAAUUCGAGCGCUCUGGUGGCAACCUAAAUGAUUCACAAAUACGAGUUAAUAGGUGCGGCUCUAUUUUGAACCCAGUAAAAACAUGUAAUGGUAUAGAAACCUGUAGCAUUGGAUUUAGACUUCUUAAAAGAAAAUAUUGAAUACAAAUAUAAUUAUAUAUUGGGUAAGAAUAUAAAAGGUAAAUAUUGGAUAAAUUUUACACGUUGUAUGAUAAAUAUUUUAUAAGAAAAUUACUAGAAGUAGAAUACUUUUUCUAGCCGAUAUUAUUAUGUAAUCUGGUUAUUUAUUUUAAAUGUCCUUACAUCCACAGCAGCUUAUAUAAUAUGUAAUUAAGGAUGUG